AUGCUGAACAGUGCCACCGCUAUGUCUAACCCAGCACACUAUAAAUAUGCGAGCUUUGUAGUUAUCUCUACUGCUUUGCUAGUUGGAAAAGAGAAGGGUCUAGCUCUCUGUUGGGUGGCCUUGGUUAAACCAAGAUCAGAUAAAAUUAUGGCCACCAGCUCUGUCCUUCUUCGUCUUCUUUUCUUGCUUCUCACUCUUUCAGUCUAUGAUGAAUUCGGUGGGAUUCACUUAUUUUUUUUAUUCAACUUAAAACUCUGUUUUUCUCUCUGUUUUUCGCUCUGUUUUUCACAUUCAGCAGUCAGAGUCCUUGGUGCUGGGCUUGGAAUUAACUAUGGUCAGAUUGCCAACAACCUCCCAUCUCCCUCUCGUGUUUCGGUGAUGCUUCAAUCCCUCAACGUCAGCCGGCUAAAACUCUACGAUGCCGAUCCGAAUGUCCUACUUGCUUUUUCCAAUUCAGAUGUUGAAUUCAUUGUCGGAAUUGGGAAUGAAUACCUUCAAGACAUGGCUGAUCCUGCCAAAGCUCAAAAUUGGGUUCAACAGCAUAUUCAACCCCAUCUACCUCAGACCAAAAUCACUUGCAUCUCUGUCGGAAACGAGGUAUUCAUGAGCAAUGAUACCCAGUUAUGGUCGAAUCUCGUUCCGGCAAUGAAGAUGGUGUAUAACACACUUGUUAAUCUUGGAUUAGAUAAACAAGUGAUUGUCACUACUGCGCAUCCUUUUACUGUGAUAGGAAAUUCCUUCCCUCCUUCAUCUGGGACUUUUCGGCAGGAUCUUGUUCAAUACAUGCAGCAAAUCUUGAAUUUUCACUCUCAAACCAAGUCACCGUUCCUUAUCAAUGCAUAUCCUUUUUUUGCAUACAAGGGUAGUCCAAACCAAAUAUCUCUAGACUAUGUCCUUUUCCAGCCUAACCAAGGGAUGAUAGAUCCAAUCACAAAUUUGCAUUAUGAUAAUAUGUUGUAUGCUCAAGUAGAUGCUGUUUAUUCAGCAAUUAAGGCACUGGGACAUACUGAUGUUGAAGUUGGGAUUUCGGAGACCGGUUGGCCAUCUAAGGGAGAUCCUGACGAGGUCGGAUCGACACCACAAAAUGCAGCGCUAUAUCAUAGUAAUCUGUUGAAGAGAAUUCAGGAGAAGCAAGGUACACCAGCAAAACCAUCUGUGCCGAUUAACAUAUAUGUUUUCGCACUUUUUAACGAGAAUUUAAAGCCCGGUCCAACAUCUGAAAGGAACUAUGGACUCUUCUACCCUGAUGGUACUCCAGUUUAUAACAUUGGAUUGCAGGGUAAUCUUCCUGGAUUGCAGGGUAAUCAACCUGGAAUAGUUUAUUCAUCAGCAUCUAAUAUAAAUGCAUUUUCUAUCUUUAGCUUGGUGAUAUUUGUUAUAGCAUACUUAAUCCGUCCUUAG